UGUGAUAGAGUCUGCAGAUGCAGAUGCUGCAGGUCCUGGGGUCAAGCAGGAGAGGUCUGAAGGAGAGGAGGACCCACGGCACAGCAGAGACAUCCAGACUGGAGAGGCAGUAGAGCCCCCUGUAGCCAUGGAGGACCCCACCACCACCGCCCCAGCUCAGCCCAGGACCCAACGCACCAUCACGGAGGUCAGUGGAACGCUGAACGCCGUCCUCAAGUCAGAGACAGACACCAAGACUUUAACUGAAACACAAAGGCUAGACACAGGAUCUGACUACAGAUCAGACCAAGAGAGACUGGGGCUGGGGAGACUGGGCUGUCCUCCGGCUCCCGGCUCAGAGUAUUUACUUUACGGUAACCCGAGCCCAAGGACGGUUCAUUCCCAUCGGGACUCAGGUGACGCAUUAGAUGAUCCGUCUUGUUCUUACACUACAGAGAUGGACCCAGGCAACAUGCCCUUAGGUUUAGAGACAGAGAUUGAUCUAUCUAGAGGGGACUGGAACCGGUACAGUAGUAGUGUAUACUCUGAAGGGUGCCUAGAUAAGAAAAGAGAGGGUCUGGUCGUAGAUGAAGUGAAAGUGGAGUGUGAGUUUCCUCCCACAUGGAAUGCAGAUAGUCACCUAGGAUACGGACUCUCACAGGGCAGAGGUUUCUUAGAUUACAGGGAAAGCUCAGAGACAAAUUCAAAUGUCGCGACCCACUCCCCUUUACACGCGCUCAGGGAUCGCGACACAGUGUCCACGUCGAUUGGGCCUUCCGAUUCUCAUGGCCACAUCCUUUUCGAUCAGGUAUCGAACUCAAACGACAGGGCUAGAGCCCAGGCUCAGGGAGGGGGAGCCAAAUCAGGCAAUAGUAAAGAGAAACGGUUCCUCUGCAUGUUCUGUAACAAAGGCUUCAGCUGCCCCCAGAAGGUGGAGAUCCACCAGAGGGUCCACACAGGAGAGAAACCCUUCAGCUGUGCCCAGUGUCACAAACGCUUCUCCCAGGCUUGUGACCUGAAAAGGCACCAAAGAGUCCACACAGGGGAGAAACCCUACAGCUGCCCCCAGUGUGAGAAGAGGUUCUCCCACCAGCACCAUCUGAAGAGGCACCUGAAGGUCCACACGAGAUAGAGGCUGUUUCCCUGUACUAGGUGGUGGGCCAAACCUGAAAAACGUGAAGUUGAUCAAUCCCCGUAGAGGGAGGAGCUGAUUUUUGUACAUGACAAAACAUUCUUAUGAUGACUAUAAAAUUCGUUAAACUUUGAACCGAUCAAACUCCCGCACAUAACCCUUGUGAUGAAGGCAGCCAAUGGCCUGCUUCUAUCUACGACGUAAACACAGCCUCUUGUGAAAACGCAAGCUGCUGUCUGAUGAAGAGGAACCGAUAUAGCUAGCUCCCAAAGACUGAAAUAAGAUAAAUAUCUGUUUGAGUGCACUUGAAAUAUGCAGCAUGCAAUACGAAUUGUCUUGAUUGUAUGAAGAGGUAACGCCGUUGAUAAUUUAGCCAAUUUAUUGAAAGCUAGCCAAUGUUACAGUUUGACUAGCCUAGUCAGCUACUGUAAAUGUCAAUUUGUGUUUCAUUAGCUAUCUUUGUCAGUGAAUUCAAUUUUUUAAAUCAUGUUUUGGCAUGAUUGUCUCAUUUCAAGUAAUUAGCUGCAAGCUUAAAUAAACAUUCAAUCAUAUACUUUGCGUAGGAACCCAAAUAAAAGCAUGUAGACAGAAAGAUGUGUGUGUGUCAUGAACGCUAGAAUGCAGGUUU